GCUGUCUGGAUGACGUACCUUUUAAAAUGUCCAAGAGCUUUGAAGAUGACUCUGCGGAAGGCACCAACUUAAUCAGUUUAGCUGACUUUGAUAUUCCUGACUGCACUGAGAUCCUAAUGUGCACAAUGACGGAUACAGGUCUAUGUUCAGGAUUAUAGAUACUGGGGCAGACUGUGGAUAUUGGCAUAACUCCCUUGCCUGAGAUGGAGCACUGCUGAUUUAUACCAGCAGAGGAUGUGGCCCAUUGUGUCCAGUCCUGCACCCCUUACUCUUGCAACUAGUUCUAUUGUAAGCAUUACUCAGCAUGAUUUCUCAUUAGAAAGAAAGGUGCUUUACUGGAUUGAGGCUGCUUCUGGGCAAGAAACUCCUUGGUAUGGAGUUACUACUGAUGCUGUGCCAACAGCUCCACCUUGCUGGCUGCUUUUGGUUGAUCCUAAAGAAAACUAUGUCAUCAAUACACAGAACGAGGAGACAGCUGGUGGGAAAGCAAAGGAUGGUGUGAAACACACAAACUCUGUUCGGAGAUGUGUAAGCCUAAGUGCUGCUGAUGUGAAAUAUGGCCCUCCCACAGCCAGAGGUGCACCAUCUGAGACGGAAAGUGAGGACUGGUACUCUGAAGAGAAUGAAUAUUCUGAGGACGAUGAGUAUUCCUCAACUACCGGUGAAGAAAGCAACAAAGAAGAAGAAAACAUUUUGGAUAACAAAUUUGUUGAAAGCACCAUGCCCCAGCAUUCCAGAGUUCACCAGUUUAGACCAAGGACUUCUCCAGUAUUGGUAGAUCCACCUUCUGAAAACUGCUGCCAUGAGCCAGUUACCGCAAAUCUGAUCAAGCAGAGAAGAUCCAUGAUUUUAUUUAAUAAUAUGAAGAAUGAGUUGGAAGAAGCCAAAAAGAAGUUAGCUGCUUUAGUGCAUCCUUUAAAUAGAGCAUCUGUUGAAAGGAAACUGGCUCCAAGACCGGUUUCUCUCUUCCAGCGCUCUCGAAGUAGCAGAAAUCUUAGAUACGGUCCUGCCUCGGAUGUAUCCUUGAUGGGAACUUUGACCCCAACACCUCCACCUACUCCUUGCUGCAGUUCCAGGACACCUUCUGCUGCUAGAUCAAUACCUCCAAUAAGAAACCAUGAACCCACAGCUGCGUCCCUCAGCCCCUAUUCCUGUCUUCCACCCCCUUCUGGGGCUCUGCGACAUCCAAGUUCCCACAGAACUCAUCCAGAUUCAACAGCUGACCUCCUCUCGGCAUUAAGCCAAGAGGAACGUGACCUUAUUGAGCCAGUUAUAGCCUUGGGUUAUCCAAUACGCAGAGCAAUCCUCGCCCUUCAGAAGACUGGAAGACAAAGUUUAGGUCAGUUUCUCAGUUACCUUAGUGCCUGCGACAGAUUGCUGAAACAGGGCUAUGAAGAGGGGCAGGUGGAAGAAGCCAUGGAAAUGUUCCAGUACUCGGAGAAGAAGGCAGCUGAAUUCCUGCAUCUUUUAGUGCAAUUUAAGGAUAUGGGUUUCCAGCAAGCUGAAAUCAAAGAGGUUCUUCUGCUUUAUGAGAAUCAUAGAGAUAAGGCAUUAGAAGAGCUGAUGACACGAACACAGGGAUCAAAUCUCUGUAAGAUGAAAAAUGGCUUAUGCAAGACGUAUGCCCUGCACGUACAGGAAUUUUCAUGAAAUUUGGAAGAGAACUGAAGGAAUGAUUCUGCUCUGUGUCCAAUUGAAGAAAUUGCGGAGAAACAGCACAAUUCCAGAAGGUGGGAAGCGGUGGCUCAAAUAAUCAAGUUUUGCACAGUCUUCGAGAUCUGGAAAAUUUGGAUAUAGGCUUUUUUUCUGGUGUAACUGACAUACAAAGAAUGUAACUGAUCCAAAUCACCUUCUUGGAUGUCUCUCUGCCCUUUGCAACAUUACAGAGAUAAUGUUGUCACAUAGAUGAACUCAAGCAUUUAAUUUUCCUUUGAAUUAGUCAUAGAUAUCAUUGCUUGUGAGUAAGGGAUAUUUUCUUUUUUUUCUUAAAUAUGUUUAUUGUGUCUUUUCCUAUGAAAAUGCCAACUGGCACAACUUAGCAGGGACAGUCCUUAAUUAGUUGCAAAAUAUUUACCGUUUUCCAUUGUGUCCUUCCAAAAGCUUUUAUAGUGCAAUCUAUUUCAGCUGAGUUAAACAAUCUGUCCUUACGUUUCUCCCCCAUGUUCCCAUUUAUAGCUUUAAAUAUCGUUGUUUAGAAAAUGUCCCUCUGUUACUGCUUGAUAUCCUACCACCCUCCUGAGGUGUCACAGCAGGGCUGGAACACCGGCUCUUGAAAGAGAGGGUGAUCUCAUGGUUAAGGCACUAGACUGGAACAAAGGGACCUGAGUUCAAUUCCCAGCUCGGCUACAGGCUUCCUGUUGGACCUUGUACAAUCUCUUAAUCCCAAUUAUGAAAUGGAGGUAAACUUUUCCCGCUCUUGUCUGUUUUAAAUAGACUGUAGACUCUUUGGGGCAAAGACUCUUGUUAUGGUGUGCCAUGGACCAGGUACACUUCUCAGGAAGUCUUGAUUGUCUCGUCUAUGCCUGUGUCACGGAUCCUAAUGAGUGCCCCUGCCUGGCCACAUGCUAGGAUUGCUGUGAGGGGAAUUUAAGCCUUUGUCCUCUGGCUACCGGGGUAUUUCAAGCUUCUGGAGCCUGAACAGAGCCCAUCCCCUGCCUCAAUCUCAAGAUCCCUAGGCACAAUCUCUAGGCCCAGACCUUCUAUCUUGCACCCCCUCCAAGGGUUGAACCUGCUGACCAUCCACCUAACCCCUCUGGGCACAGCACUGACCCUCCAGAUUUCCUGGUACUUAAACACAUGCCUCUUCAUGCAUCUGAUGAAGUGAGCUGUAGUUCACGAAAGCUUAUGCUCAAAUAAAUUUGUUAGUUUCUAAGGUGCCACAAGUCCUCCUUUUCUUUUUGCCUCUCCCAAAGUCCACCCAAAAGGUGCAAAGCUUCUAGGUUACAGGUUAAUUCUCUCAGGGGCUCACAGUAGUUGUGAUGCAGUCAACACACACGUUGCCCAGUUGAACAUUGUUAUGCUCUUAACGGAUAAAGCACAGGAGAGUACAGAUCAUACAAACCCUCCUAAAUACAGUGUCCCUCAUGGGCCUAAGCUUCCCUUGGGGUCUUUGGGAAUCAUCUGUCUUCCCUCAGGCAGGCAAUGUCCUCCACCCCCAUGCUUACCUUGCCCCUGCAGCAGACUCCCUCACCUUCAUCUGGGGCAAAAUGGCUCUCUCGCCCGGUCUCCUCCGGUGAGUCUCUUUAGACUCCCACUAGGGUCACCUACUUUUUUUGUUCUCCUGGUAACUUUCCAUUACUUCCAACCCCUACUCCCUUCAGACAACCAGAGGAAGUGUCUUCUCCCAGCUACAGGAAACAAACCCGUUGUCCCUAUGUGUUCUGUUUUGAAUAGACGAUUGCAGCUCACUCACCAUUGUCUCUGGCCAGCAGAAACUAUGACACAACCCUGCUCGUUCAUGGUGGAGCCACGUACGAGUAGGCUUCCCAUGACACAGGAAUGUCAUAAAAUCAUCCAUCCUUCAGAAGUGGUACAGGCAGAACCCGCAGUUCAUCACAGACUAGAAGGGAAUCGCUUUGAUUCCUAGGCUUUUUAUGCCUCCCCUUUGUCUCUAUAUAACUGAAGAGAGCAAUAUGGAUGUCCUACUGAAGAGAUGCUCAAGCUACUGAUACAUGUUGUAAGUACAAAGCACUGAAAUAAACAGGGCCAAUUCUGAAACAUUUACUCAUGUGAGUAGUCCCAGUGAGAUCAAAGUGACUACUUCAGUGAAUAACUUUAAAUCUGCAUAUUAACACUUGGUCUCCAAAUCAGAACACAUGCUUUAAAAAAAAAUUAGUUUGGCCAGUAAGUUAGUUCUGUGUGUGACAGGAAUUCGGCAGCCGUAUCCGUCACAUACAUACUUUUCCUUUCUUCACUUCCUUGCAGAAGUUUUUCACUUAGUUACACGAACAUUUAUUUUUGAACACAGUCCUUAUAAGGCAAGUCCAUUCUACAGACAGAAUUUUUCAUCCCAUUUAUUGUUGCCAAGAUGAUGUCACUUUAGAAAAAAAAAAGUCUUGCAAAACGUUAACAUAUGAUUAAAGAAAUAGUUUAAAAUCUAACUCUGUAUUCAGAGAAGUACACAUAAUUAAGAUGUAAGGGAAUAGAUAACCAUUGUGUGUUCCUCUCCAAUGACUACAAAACAUUCUGACUGCAGUAUCUUUGGGGUAGGAGAUAAAAUUUGCAGAUGGUUUUGUGCCCACUUAUGGUAGAA